AUGCUUAUUCUCUUUGCCUAUUCUCUUUCAAAACGUAUUCUCUUUGCUUAUUCUCUUUCUUUAUUCCCUUCCGAAGUUUAUUCUCUUUUCUUAUUCUCUUCGCUUAUUCUCUUUGCUUUUUGUCUUUGCAUAGUCCUCGCCAAAGCUUAUGCUCUUUGCUUAUUCUCUUUGCUUAUAGUCUUUGCUCCUUCCCGUCCAAUGAUUAUUCUCUUUGAUUAUUCUCUUUGCUUAUUCCUCUCCAAAGCUUAUACUCUUUGCUUAUACUCUUUGCUUAUUCUCUUUGCUUAUUCUCUUUGCUUAUUCUCUUUGCUUAUUCCCUCCAAACGCUCAUUCUCUUUUCUUAUUCUCUUCGUUUAUUCUCUUAUUCCUCUCCAAAGCUUAUCUCUUUCCUUAUUCUCUUUCCUUAUUCGCUUUCAGAACUUAUUUUCUUUGCUUAUUUUCUUUAAUUGUACUUUUUGCUUACCCCCUUUCGAACUCAAUUUUUUUUGUGUCGACAUUUUCCUUCUUUUCUUUUCUUUCAUCACCGAAUUCUUCUGUGAUUCUUCCUUAAAAGUCUUUCUUAUUCGAUCCCUCGUCAUCACCAUCUUCUAUGUGUAG